CGCAGCACCAUCAACCGGAGCUGGAGCUGGAGCUGGAGCUGGAGCUGGAGCUGGAGCUGGAACUGACGUUGUGCGCCCGUCGCCAUCGGCCAUGCCCGUUGGCUCGUCCGAGCAGUACAACCGGCUGCUGGAGAACAACCGCCGAUGGGUGAGCGAGAUCACCGAGCUGCAGCCCGACUUUUUCGAAGUGCUGGCGCGGGGACAGAAGCCGCCGUACCUGCUGAUCGGGUGCAGCGACUCGCGCGUGCCGCCAGACAUGCUGACGCAGACGAUGCCCGGCGAGAUCUUCAUCACCCGCAACGUCGCCAACCUCGUCGUCAACACGGACAUGAACAUCAUGACGGUUCUCCAGUACGCCGUCGAAGUGCUCAAGGUGCAGCACAUUAUCGUGAUGGGACACACCGAGUGCGGAGGCGUGCGCGCAUCAAUGUCGAACGACUCGCACGGUCUGAUUGACAAGUGGCUGCGCAACAUCAAGGACGUCAGCCGCUUGCACCACAAGGAGCUGAGCGCCAUUGCAGAUCCGAACAAGCGCUUUGCAAAGCUCGUCGAACUGAACGUCGUGGAGCAAGUGUACAACCUCUACAAGACCUCUGUCGUUCAGCAUGCUUGGGCAACGGGUCAUCAUGUUCAGGUGCAUGGCUGGGUUUGCGACAUUCGCACCGGCCUGAUCCACGACCUGCACGUUGAAAACCGCCCCGAAUGGAACGAGAUUAGCAAGCUUUACGAGUUUAACUUCCCAGCACACCCCAACGCCACUGAGCAGGAGAGGUUGCAUCCCGUGGAAAGCAUGCGCAACGAAAUGAGUGCUCGGUCAGGUGAACAUCAUCAUGAGCACUAAGAUGUCUGCUGUACAGCUCGCCUUGACGGCGCGCGUCUUUUGUUGUUUUUUGUUGUUGUUGUCGUUGUUGUUGUUGUUGUAGUUGUAGUUGUUGUUUUUGUUGUUGUUGUUGUUGUUGUUUGACGGAAGAAAAAAAUUGGUUGGUCAUAGUGCAGUGUGUUGGUGUGCUGGUUGCUGCAUGACUAUCUGUGCAGCUGUUUGGAGAGAAUCAAAGGAUUGUUUCAAUCAACAAGGGUGUUU